ACGUGACAUAAGAGAGCCGCCAUCAUUAUACCUGGCCAUCAUUAACAGUUAUACUGUACGUCAUUAUAAAACGCUGUAUUGUUUAUUACGGAUUGAGAUAUAUAACAGCAAAAAUUGGAACAUAAUUGGUGAAGCAAUGUAAUCCUAGGCUUUAGCUUGCCAAUUUUAAAUUUAUUGUUGUUAAAGACUAUCAUAUUGGGAUAUUGGGUGUUGAUUCACCCAUUAAGGGACUGGAUAUGAGGGGCAGCCAUGUCACGCCAGUCACCAAUGUUAUCUCGUCGCCAGGGCCAGACGCCAAAUAUGGUAGCCCAACGAAAGCUUCCUCCAGGACCAGGACCAUUAAAUCGUGAAGGCAAAAAGUUCAGCUACAGGAUAAAAAGCUCAAGUAGCAAAUCAAAUAUUACCUCUAAUGGCCCAGUAAAAGCUGUCCAUACUGACUAUGAAAAUAGUAACUACUUAAAGAGUCGGGCCUCAAGCCCUGUUGGAAGCUAUCCUCUAUCAUACUCCAAGGCAUUAACCGCAGCAGAUUCCAGAAGAGAUUUAUCUGCAUCUUCACUUAGAAAUGGCAGCAACAUUUCAAGCUCCUUGUAUGACAAAUCAAUAUUUGGAAAUGUAAAGAAUACUUUGGAAAAAUCAAGGGUUUCUUUGCUUUCUCCCACGGAGAGGACGUCUAGUUCAACGCCUAUAGGAGGAAAAAGCAAUAGUACUUACAAUGGAAUACAAGAUAGAAAUUCACAUUCCAAGGUACUACCUGAAUCGAGUGGGACGAAUACAUUGCUGACUCGGAAGUCAAGUUUUAGGAAUUCUGGGUAUCAAUCGACAUACAGUUUUUCAAGAGAACGCUCUCAAAGCCUAAGUACCAUGUAUGGUGAGGGCUCACGUUCUUCUUCACGUGUCAGGAGAGGAAGUGAAUCUGAUAAUUCGUUCUCCAAUCGCUCUUCUAGUCUUCCAACCAACCAUGCUUUUGUUGGAUCAGGGUUUGGUCAGGUAAACAAGGAUUUACGAGGGCGUAUUGGUCUUACCAACAUUGGCAACACUUGUUUUAUGAAUUCUGUUCUCCAAUGCCUUGGGAACUGCAACCUUCUUCAAGAUUACAUUAUCAAGGAAAACUACAUUCUUGAUAUUAAUGACAGUAGUAGUAGAACAAAGGGCAAGCUUAUAAAAGCAUUUGCAUAUGUCAUGAAAAACCUAUGGGCACCAGAGACCAGUACUAGAACAUCAUUUUCUCCAAAGAAAUUCAAAGAGUGCUUAGAUUCUUAUUUUGACCAGUACAGAGGAGCACGUCAGCAUGACUCACAAGAGUUUUUACGUUAUUUAUUGGAAGCUUUACAUGACGACACAAACUCAGUGAAGAGACGCCCAAAAUACAUAAAAAUAGAGGACAACCUUAGUGAGGAAGAGAAAGCCAAGAAAGCCUGGAAUAUUUACCUUGGCAGGGAGUCAUCUUUCAUUUCAAACUUAUUUGUUGGUCAGCUUAAGAGUAUUUUAGAGUGCAGUGAAUGCCAAAAUUGUUCCGUCACCUUCGACCCAUUUUGGGACUUGUCCCUCCCAAUCCCAAGGAAUAAACGUGAUGCUACAUUAAUUGAUUGCUUGAAGGAGUUCACAAAACAGGAAGUCUUGGAGGGCGAAGAAAGACCGAUGUGUAGCAAAUGUAAAAUGAAAAGGAAAUGCCUCAAGUCUUUCUCCAUUCAGCGAUUUCCAAAGAUACUUGUAAUACAUUUAAAGCGUUUUUCUGGAUAUUCAAAGCUGUCCAAUUUUGUAGAUUUUCCUGUUAGUAAUUUAGACUUGGGUCCUUUUGCAAGCAAAUCCUGCAACACACCACACAGGUACGAUCUUAUUGCUACGUCAAACCAUUCUGGUUUCACUUACGGUGGCCACUACAUCGCUCAUGCUAAGCACACUAUCCAAAAGAAAUGGUAUUGCUAUGACGACACAAGGGUGGAUGAAGUGUCCGACACAAGCAUCAAGUCAUCCCAAGCAUAUGUUCUAUUCUACCAGCAGACUGGUACACCUGCAAGAUUAUGACCUUAUGUGCCUUGAUGAUAUGCUCUUCAUUGUUCAAAGCAGGUGCUUCCCUUCUACUCUAAAUUGCCCUUCAUUUAACCCUAGAUACAGCCUAAUUGCUCAAAAGCAUAUAAUCAAAUGAGUAUUCCGUUUUUUUUUAAGUAGUAUAAUGAGAUCAUAUAUCAGUUUUUGCUUUUGCAAGGUACAUUACUAUUUAAUGUAAUUUUAUUUAGUGUGUCUAAAAUGCAUGAGCACAUGCAAAAAAAAGUGGUUGUUUAAAGUGAAAUUUUCUUUAAGAUUGAGUUUUCAGUGAAUUAUUGCAAAUACUGUACUUUUCUUUAUACAUUUAUUUUGAUAUAUCAUAUUUUUGAGCAUUUUUACAAGCUAUUUAUUUUUGUACAGUAACAUGAUGCUAUCUAAAAUUACAGUGUCGUGAUUUUGUUCAGUGUUUUUGUGCAGUCUGCAUUCCAUGUGUUUAAAUGUGUACUGUACAUAGUAAAUUACUUGGGUUUGAAAUGGCUGAUAUAUUUUUUAACAAGAUAUAUGUUUUAAUACUGAUUAUAAU